AAGUGUCCCGCGCGACGCUUUAAUGUUAUUCACGCGUCACUGACGGAAGAUUCACGCACAAAACAAAACAAAGGCAAACGGAAGAGAGGAGCGACGACAGCGCGUGGAUCUGAGUCAGUGCAGACUUUCAUACACCGACACAGCAGAGGAACAACAUCAUGGUCAUGCCCGAUCAGACGCCCGAGAGUCUGCUCAAGUACAAGAGACCUGGUCUGGUCGGCAAAAACAAGUUCACCUCCACCAGGGGUCACACGGUCAAGUUUGUUGACGUUCCACCUAAACCCAAGACAGACCCCAAUGAGCUCCUUAAAGAGAACACUGAGGACAUUCUGAACAACCACCUGCCACCCAGGACAUGGAUGAAGGGGAACCUGCGGUGGGUGCAGCCCGUGUCCAAUGCACCUGGAAGAACGGCAGAUGUCGUGAACCUAAAGCAUCUCCUGGACUCGAAGCUGCAGGUCAAGAGGGCCCACGCUGUCGGCAUCUGCCCCAUCCGCAGGGUGCUCUACACGCAGUGCUUUGAUGAGAUCAUCAGGCAGGUGAUUGUCAUGUGUACAGAGAGAGGACAACUGCUCGCGUGUAUCAGAGAUGAGAUUCAAAUGACUAUCGCGGCCUACAAGACACUGUAUCAAACAAGCACGGCUUAUGGGAUGAGGAAAGCCCUGCUGGCUGAGAAGAACAAGGAGCAAAUGGACAAACAGCUUCCCCUCCUGGUGCAAGAGAUCGAAGAGCUGAGGAUGGAACUGAACGAGCUGACGACCAAAUGUGACACGAUUCAAGAGAGCGAGAAAGAAAAUAGAGAGCAGAUUGAGAAGGACCUUGAAGCCGAAAUAGAGACCCUUCAGACAGAGAAUCAGCAGCUCAAGGAUGACCUGGAAACCAUCAUCACAUCACUACGGAAUUCCUGAUCCACAGGUGGCCAUGACAAGCUCUCCAUAGACGAGUAUCUCAAUAUCAACCGACUAUCAAUGAUUACUGUUACAUCAAAGAAACUAUAUGUUUUGUGGCUUUUUAGAUUGAUCUGGAGGGAUUAUUCAUAGCAAGUCUCAUAGAAUAUAAACACUCUUGCCACAUGUCAAGACAAAAAUAAAGAUUGUGAUUCAAA